AUGGCUGCUUUUUACGAGGAAGAUGAAGGCGAUGCUACAGAUUACUCUUAUGGCUUGGAGGAUAGUAGUGAUGGUGAAACUAGGCCUACAGUGGUGUUAAUGGGACAGAAGAGUGAGUCACUUAAAGUGGUGAUUACCGUUCAUAGAUAUGAUACAUCGCUGCCUUGUAAUGGGAAUUUUCGAUUACACCAAGCUGAUGAGCAAAAGUGUAAGAAUCUUUUGGGAAGCUUAUGCUCCUUAACACGACCAACACUAGAAUAG